AUGGGUUUACCCCAAGUUUCUUCAGUCAGGGAGGAUGUUUCUACAGGAUCGAGGACACCUGUGUCAAGCCCCUCUCGUACCAAUGGUGUUGGUGCCUGCGAUUUGGAUGGGCUUCCUCGAGAAAGCUCAAAUGGCAAGGCUUCAUAUCGAUCGAUUGGCAAUUUCAGUAGACAGACUGCAUCAGAUUCCCCGGAUGAAUCAAACAGAUAUUUUAGAGACAGCCAUGCGUUUGAUGGACUCACCGACUUCCAAGGAUUAAGAAUUGAUGAUUUUAGAGAUGCAAAUUCUAGAUCUUCUCAUAAAUUGCAGCCUGCUGUCCGUAGGCCCAUAACGAGGGUUGUGGGCUUUGAAUCAAACUGUAUUGGAGGUCCUGAUACAGCAGAACUGGAUACAAUCUGUCCAUCUGUGGCCAGUCAUAAUUUUGGUUCACCAUGUGAUCAGGAUGAACUUCAGGCAAGGAAAGGACUGCUGUCUCCAUUGAAAAAUGUGCUCUCUAGAAAGUUCCAUGGUAAUUUACUGAAUAUUGCUUCUGGUGAUGCUAGAUUUCAGCAUUCCGAGCCAAGUAAGAAACUCUACAGUUCUGGCUUACAAGAUAAUAAAAUGGUAAACACUGGAAGCCUCAGUUCUUUUGAGUCACAGGCAUGUCCGACCCCUAGAUGGUCCAAUUGGACUUCAGAAUUUGAUGUCAAUAGGAUUAAUUCUAUUCACUUCACUGAUGGCCCUUUACUUGGGAACAAGGAGUCGUUAUCCUAUUAUGAUCAUCUAGCUGCCAGUGCAAAAUUAGCACACUCUCCGCUCUCACUGUCUCCUCUCAGCCCUAGACGUAUUCAUAAAGUCAAGACUACAGAAUCUCCAAGGCAUGUAAUGAAAGAUAUUGAAAAUGAUUUCGUAGAUUUGAAGGAACAGGGAGGAUUUGAUGGAAUUGGGAUGCUAGAUGUGUUAGAGGAAACUAACAGAUUACAUGAUGAAUAUGAUACUAUGACCCCUAAAGGAAGUUCAUGUAGAAGAUAUCAAAACUGGGGUUCUGAAUCUUCACCUACGUUUCCGCGAGUUGGUUAUGGACGGAGUUUGAGUCUCCCUGCAAGGAGGUCACUAGUUGUCUCCUUUGAGGAAUCCCUUUUGUCUGGUCGACUUUCUUAUGGAAAAGAUAAUCAGACAAUUGAUGGUUUCUUAGCUGUCCUGAAUAUUGUUGGCGGUAGCUUCUCUCCCCCAACUCAGAAACUUCCAUUUGCAGUCGCAAGCAUCGACGAGGAUAGCUCCUUGUUGUAUUAUUCUUCUAUUGAUCUUGCUGGUAGAUUGUCCACAAGUGCAACCAACAGCAAUAGCCCAAAACUCCAAAGAAGCCUUAGUAACAAUAAUUCAAGAUCAGCAAAGAGUCGCUUACGCAUCCCUGCUAAGGGGCGCAUACAACUGGUUGUGAGCAACCCUGAGAAGACCCCACUCCAUACAUUCUUCUGCAACUACGACUUAACUGACAUGCCGUCUGGAAUGCUAGAUUACAUGGAGACGUUCAUGCGGCAAAAGGUCACUCUGUCUCCCACUGUUUCUCCCUCUAAUAUAGUGAAAGAAGAAAGCAAGACCAGUGACACAAAUGUUGGCCCGAAAGCUCAGUGUGUCUCAUGUGGAAGUGAACUUGCACAAGGAGGAACUCUAUGCUUGGAAUACUGCGGGCAGGGGCGGACGUGCAACUCAACUGAUGAAUCAGAAAAGAGACACGCAAACACAAAAUGUUACUCAUCGGGCACUGACAUGAAGGAAUCAGAUAAACCCAAUUCUAUUGGGAAUAAGCAAAAUAAUACUGAUUCUGAUGAUUGUUGCUGUCAGAUGGACAACGUGCACUCAGGUGCGAAGAAAUCAUGUUGUGCGUCUUCCAGGAUCAACGACAGUUCAGGUGGAGGCGUGCUCCGCUAUGCUUUGCACCUGCGGUUUCUCUGCUCCGCCUCCAAGAAAUCCUCAAAAUCUAUGCUACGUUGCAAAUCCGAUCCAUCAUCUGUACCGCACAGCGGCAAUACGGUGACUGAGGAUAGGAGAUUCUAUCUCUACAACGAUCUUAGAGUUGUAUUUCCUCAGAGGCACUCGGAUGCAGAUGAGGGCGAGCUGAAGGUGGAACAUGAUUUCCCUGCUGAUCCCAAGUACUUCGACAUAAGCAACUGA